UCUAUGUUGAUGUAUUGCGCACUGCUCGGUUUUUAGAUUAGAUUCUGGAUAGAAUUCUUCCGUUUCUUGCCCAAAAGAUACACGUAAUUAUAAUUUAGAUAAGGAAGAAGAAGAAGAAAUGGCGACGGUGCUUUCCGUUCACGAUCGGCGAAUAUUGACGGCUGUGAACAGUGGAGCAUCGAGUCUUUCUUUCGUCGGAUCCGGCUUCAUCGUGCUCUGCUACUCCCUCUUCAAGGAACUUCGCAAGUUCUCCUUCAAGCUCGUCUUCUACCUUUCUCUCUCUGACAUGCUUUGCAGUUUCUUUAACAUGGUCGGAGAUCCGUCAAAAGGCUUCUUUUGUUAUGCUCAGGACUACACCACGCAUUUCUUCUGUGUUGCUUCCUUCCUCUGGACAACAACUAUUGCUUUUACUCUUCAUCGCACUGUUGUUAGACACAAAACUGAUGUUGAAGAUUUGGAGGGAAUCUUUCACUUGUAUGUUUGGGGAACUUCACUCGUUAUGACUGUCAUACAUUCUAUUGGUAAUAACAACACACAUUUUGGGGCAUGGUGUUGGGGACAAACAGGUCGCACUGGAAAGGCAGUUCACUUUAUAACAUUUUAUGUCCCACUAUGGGGUGCAAUUCUUUACAACGGUUUUACAUACUUUCAAGUGAUACGCAUGCUGAACAAUGCCACUCGUAUGGCAGUUGGCAUAUCAGAUCGUGCAUACCAGUUUGAUUCAAGGACAGACACAAAGGCUCUGAACCGGUGGGGUUACUAUCCACUAAUCCUAAUUGGAUCAUGGGCAUUUGGCACAAUCAACCGCAUUCACGAUGUUAUUGAGCCAGGCCACAAGAUUUUUUGGCUCUCAUUUCUUGAUGUUGGGACUGCUGGACUUAUGGGCCUUUUCAACUCAAUAGCUUAUGGCUUGAAUGCUUCAGUCAGGCGAGCAAUUUAUGAAAGACUGGAACUGUUUUGGCCAGAGAGGCUCCAGAGAUGGUUCCCUAACAGUUCAAGACAGAGAAACCAACAGCAGCAGAGUGAAUUGGUCUCCCUCAAAAUUCAGGACCAACAAUAGCUAGCUUUGUCAAUUUUUGUUGAUAUUCUUUCUGUAAAUUGUUACGAGACAUUGAAGCUGGCAUCCAAACGAAAGCCAUCAUCGAAUCGGAUCAUUUCAUACCUUGACCCUUCACAAGACUGGUGUGUUGUGGAUAGGCUAUUUAAUGCAGCAUCUGUACUGUAAUUUCGAAGCAGACGGCGACCACCAAUGGAACCAUUAUAUUCUUUUUAGCUGGAAUCCCUGUCCUUAGUUGUUACUGUUAGUUGAUUGGUUAACAAUUUUGUGAAGUUGAAGUUGUUCAUCGGUUCAAUUUAUUAUUCUUGUACGAUUCCAGCGCGAUGUUGUCAUCAGAUUCUGGUACAAAAUUGUUUACAAGGCAU